GUUUAAUCGCAAAUGAGAUCCCGCCGUCCAUUUCUCAAUCCGACGGCUAUCUUAAUCUUUAGUUAUUUUUGUCUGUGGCAAGGCCAUCCAAGAUAAAUACAGAAAUGGAGUGGAGAAGAUGAAUUCACACAGAGAAAGAGAGACAUUGGUAUUACAGAAACUCAACAAACUGCGAACUGAGAAACACAGAGAAAGAGAGAGGGACCAAGAAGAGAAUCAUUUCCUCCUUAUCUUCAGUUUCAAUUUUACAUACCCACCGGCAAGAUAAACUUAUAAUCGUUUUCUCAGCAAUUAUCUGAAACCAGAAAACAAGGAUCUCUUCUAUUCUCUUGUUUGCAUGAGAAUUAUCUGAAAUCUCUUGACCGGUGUUGAAGAUUUCUCUCGCAUGGAAUUAUCUUCUCGUUCUGCGGAUAAGGAAGACAGAAACCAGAGAGCUUGCAAAUCUCUAGAGCCUGAGAUUUUUCUACAGUGGGGAAACAAGAAGAGGCUGAGAUGUGUAAGAGUCAAGGAUCCUCAAAUCUCACAGAAAUCCAAUGGUGUUGUACGUAGGAAAAUCUCAUCUCGGUUUCUAGUCAAAGAGAGUUCUCUUCUCCAAACCACUCGCCUCACCAGGAAUUCCGAGGCAGCCACACUCCGGUCAGGUGGACAUGAGAACAGGAAAUCGUCGUCGCCGGAGAAGGAGGACAGGUACUACACGACAAGAGGGUCAACGGUAGGUGCGGUGGAUGAGAAUGGCAAGCUUUCAACAGAUAGCAACAAUGGAGAAGAUAAAGGACUUGUUUGGCCUAAACUCUACAUUGCUCUCUCAAGCAAAGAGAAAGAAGAGGAUUUCUUGGCCAUGAAAGGAUGCAAGCCUUCUCAGAGACCUAAAAAGAGAGCCAAGAUCAUCCAAAGAAGUUUGCUUUUGGUGAGUCCGGGGGCAUGGUUGACUGAUAUGUGCCAAGAGAGGUAUGAAGUUAGAGAGAAGAAGAGCACCAAGAAGAGACCAAGAGGGUUGAAAGCAAUGGGGAGUAUGGAAAGUGAUUCAGAAUGAGAAACGUGAUAGUUGCAGAGGCUUUUCGAGUUGCAGGAGGAGGCAGCAGCAGCAGCAGCAGCAGAUGCUUUUCUCUUUUUAGGGUUGUGUGGGAGAAUUUUUUGGGAAUGGAGGAGGAGGAGUGGGAAAAUGGGGAAGAGUUCUGCUGGGUGGGGGGGAUUGUCGUUGUGUUGUUGUAUAGAAAGUAGAAUAAUUCCAUUUUUACGAAUUAAUGAAUGAGAAAAUGAAAAAUGUUUUUCUCUCA